GCGCCUCUGUUGUUGUAUUGCGCUAAAAAAUGACAUCUUAGUAAGUUUAGGUGAUGUGAAUAUAGGCAAAAUGAUCUGCUAUUUCUCAUUAUACUUUUUCUCAUAAUGUGUAUGGAAAUUUCACUCCUUUCAAAAGUUCUCCUGAUGGCAUUAUAUCUUUAGGUAAUAUUAUUUGGAGCCUACUGAUUCAGACAUGUUUGGAAAUCACGACUGGAAAGCAUUUGUAAUGUUUUGGCCUUAGGUUAGGUUUACCACUGCUGAAUAUUAUGAAUAUUAGAGCAACAACAGUAGCACAUCUGGGUGUUCAUUACAUAGCAGGAAUUGUGUUUGACCUGUUCAUUUUCACCUGAAAUUACUAUGAGCAUAAAUAAUAAACUGAGCCUUGAUCGGACAACCUAACACAAGGACAACAGUCUCUCUCUCUCUCUCUCUCUCUCUCUCUCUCUCUCUCUCUCUCUCUCUCUCUCUCUCUCUCUCUCUCUCUCUCCCCCUCUCCCCUCCCCCAAACUUCCUCUCCUCACAUUUCAUCUCAUGUCUCUUUACCCCUCUCCUUCCUUUACUUCCCUUCCCCCAUCUUACUCUGACCACCAUUUUUUUUUUAACUUUACACAGAGUUGAUCUAAAGUAAACACUUAAGUAACUAGUCAUAAUGUCUGCAGCUCUCAUGCUGAGCAUUAUAGACAGGGCAAGAGAUGGAGUUGAUCUUGGCCAUGGGAAAAGCUAGGUGAAGCGAGCCUUGUGACUUUUUCUACCCCUUCUCCACUCCACCUCCUUUUCCCCAGCUCCUGUCUCUCUGCACUAUCCUCCUCUACUCCCCUGUCUCUGGUGGUGGUAAGGAGUGGGCGGAGCUUGUCCGGUAUGGAGUGGGCAGGGCUUACCCGUGGAGGCUGCAGUUAGUGAGAGAUGGCAGGUGAUUGGGCAGAGAUUGGGUGACAUACAGCAGGAGAGGCCGGAAGUACUGGAGCUCCGAGACUGUUCUCCUAAUUACCUCAUUUCAGUUCAGCUGCAGAGAAAGACAGACACAGAGAGAGGAAGGAGAACGUCUGAGAAAAGGCAGAGAGGAUAGUGUAAGAGACAGAGGAGGAGGAGAACAAGAGAGACAGCGAGAGAAAAAAUAGAGGGAGAGAGCUGCUGCUCCCUCAGUACAUGCAUGUUUCUAUGUUUCACCUAAAAUCCUGCUCCUACAAUGCUGUGUACUCAGCCUUACCUAAACUGCAGAGCUAGCCCCAAAUCACAGCUCUGCUUGCCAUCCAAUACGGGGGUGAUCAAAGUAUACAGUGAGGACAACAGCAGUCGAGCUGUGGAGGUCCCCAGUGACAUCACUGCCCGGGAUAUCUGCCAGCUGUUCAUUCUGAAGAACCACUGCAUCGAUGACCACAGCUGGACGUUGAUUGAGCACCUUGCUCAUCUGGGUAUUGAAAGAAUCAUAGAAGACCAUGAAUCAGUCCUGGAAGUGCAGUCUAACUGGGGCAUGGACUCAGACAGCCGUCUGUAUUUCAGGAAGAAUUAUGCCAAAUAUGAAUUCUUCAAGAAACCUCUGGAUUUUUUUCCAGAAAGCAUGGUGUCUAUAUCAAGUGAAGCCAAUGGCCUCAUGAACCACUCACAGCUUAUCCAGACAUUUCUCAACUCCAGCACAUGUCCUGAAAUCCACGGCUUUCUCUCCUCAAAAGAGCAAGGCAGGAAGUCCUGGAAGAAGUUCUAUUUUGUGUUGAGAAGGUCUGGGCUGUAUUUUUCCAAUAAGGGCACAUCAAAGGAACCCAGACAUCUGCAGUUUGUUGCAGAGUUUUGUGACAGUGAUGUCUACACUUUAUUAUCAGCCAGAAAAACACACGGAGCUCCCACAGACUACGGAUUCUGUAUAAAGCCGAGUAAGUCAAGCUCAGCUCGGGACUUCAAACUGCUAUGUGCAGAUGUUGAGCAGACCAGAACCUGCUGGAUCACAGCUAUGCGCCUCUUCAAGUUUGGGAUGCAGUUGUACCAAAACUUCAUCCAGCCUCAUCAGAAGCAAAAAAGCUCUCCAAUGAGAAGCAUUUCAGAGAACUCUCUCGUGGCCAUGGAUUUCUCAGGGCAGAGGAGCCGUGUGAUUGAUAACCCAUCAGAGGCUUUGUCAGUGGCUGUGGAGGAAGGUCUAUCAUGGAGGAGGAAGAGCUGCCAUCGUCUCAGCCAUGGAAGCUGCUCCCCCUCCCAAAGCUCCUUAUCCAACAUAGCAAUCCACAUGGCUCAGCCGUGGUUUCACAGCAAACUGUCUCGAGACGAGGCUCACAAACUCAUCACCCAGCAUGGCCUCAUCGAUGGAGUUUUCCUAUUAAGGGACAGCCAAAGCAACCCCAAGACCUUCGUCCUGUCCCUUUGUCAUGCACAGAGAAUCAGACACUUUCAGAUAGUCCCUGUUGAGGAUGAUGGCGAGCUGUUCUACAGCCUGGAUGACGGAAACACUCGCUUCAGUGAUCUGCUUCAGCUGGUGGAGUUUUAUCAGCUAAACCGUGGAGUUUUGCCCUGCAAGCUCAAACACCACUGUGCCCGAACCACCCUGUGAACCCACGCCAAAACCCCUGUCUGAGCACCCUUUGACCUGACAAUUUGUUUUAUGGAUUCCUUUAAUACCUUCUAAGCCAAACCCAAAACAACCCUGCUCCAAGCCCAGACUUUUAAACUCCAGCCCCUGCACCUCUACCAGCCCUGUUCACCUCUGACCCCUUUGUCACUCCAUCAAAUGACCAUCACACAUUCACAGGGUGACUCUGGACAAAUUGCCAGCGCAGCUCGUGCCUUGGACAGGAAACUCAAACAGACUCUUCCUGUCUAGUUUUAAUGUUUAAUGUUCACUCCUAUGUGAAAUAAUGAUCAUAAGCUGUGGGGUGUUGCAAGAUUAAACAGACUUUAGUGGAGCUCAGAAAGGACUUGUUAAUGCUGAUGAGUGUAUGAGAAUCUACUCUGAGACUGUAAUAAGGCAGGAUUGAUAGCUCCUUAUGAUGAAAGCUUUGGUCAAUGUACUGUACAAAAAAGCGUAGACAUUGCAGCUUGAAUGAUUUGUAUUUGAAGCUUUCGAAUUCUGAGGUGUUAUGAGAAGCUAAAGUAGCAAACUCGAAGUCAGAGCUCCGCUCUGAGUGCUGACAACCUGUGUGUCCAUAUCAUUUGAACAGAAUAGACAGACAUGGUACAGCCAUAAUCACAUGUGCACAAUAAGCUGUUUGUUUAAGCUGAAACUGUUGGUUUUGCCAGCAGGAAGAGGGCCUUCGGGGGAUCUGGACACCCUCCUUUGAGCUUUUGGGUAAAAUGUUAAAAUGUCUCCUUAUUUUACUCAUGUGACAAAAUAAUUCAGGUAUUUUAUAAAAAAUGUGAUAUGUGUAGUUUGUUCAAGAGGUGAGACUUUGCUCUGUGCAUGCUGUAGGCCACAUUCUGUCCAAAUGCAAUGGGUUGUGUUAGCAUGAAAAAGCAGCUGUUUGAUGCUGCUUCUCACACUCCAAGCAGACACACACUAACUUUGGAUCUUUACUCUACCAGAUCAUAGAAUGAACACACACAGACCCUUACAGUACACAAUUACCAUAUACACAUUUCCAUAUGAACAUACCCACACACAGCACACUAAAGUGAUGCUGGGUCACACUAUGAGCGGUUUACAUGCUGAACAUUGAAACUCGGACAGAAUGUGUAAAGUUGCUUGUUAUUAAUAAAUUGAACAAAUCAAAUUUUAUAUUAAAAUGCAUAUUUUAUGGAUACUUGUUAAGAUUCAGGUUCACAGUGUUUAACACCUGAAGUGGUAAGUUUCUGUUUUUACAGAGCAUUGAAGAUGACCACUACAAUCAUUGUCUGGCGAUGUGCUGCGAUGUUUCUUCAGGUUGUGAGAUUUCACCCUCAAACCUUCCCUUUAGAAAAAAAAGCUAUUAGUGAUUGCAAAUCACAUAUGACUAACAUGUUGUACUGUAAAAAAAAAGACAAAAACUAAAUAAAGAACACUUGAUAAAAAGUUUUAAUACUGUAAGAAAUUAAAUGCGUUAAAAGCCAGAAAAAUGUUUCUUUCUUUGUUAGGUUUUUUGUUAGGCCUUGAUUUUUUUCUUAUGAAUGAAAACCAUGCUUAUAUCUUAGGUUUCUAUUUUUUUCUUUCUUUUUUUUUUUUUUGUAGAAAAGCAAACAACUUUUCGUCUGUGUGUAUUAGAGUCAUGUUUUUUAAAAUUUAGUAUGCAAAAUGAACCGACCUGGAAUGAAACAUUUGUUUUAUAUUCGUGGAUGAAAGAAAGAAAAAAAAUGCAUUUAGAAAAAUCUUGAAUUAUUAUGGUAUUUGCACUGUAGUCGAAACACUGGUAACUUUUCAUUUCCAAUGCUGAGGGAUGACUGUGACUUUUAAAUCCUUUUGGUAAGGAGUAGAUUUCGUCCCAUGCUUCUGCUGAGAAAUGCUCUGCUCUUUUGAUACAGGCCCUGACAGUGUAGUGUAUGUGAAUUGACACUGUUUAUAUAUGUCUCCUAUAAAACUGGCUUUGUUCACUUGC